AUUUCAAGAAUUCAGCCCAAAUUAAACUUCCCCAAAAUUAACUGUCCUGGCCCAUUACCCUGGACCAUUUAUUGUACCCAAUCUUCCCUGAGUUCCUCAAAGCCUUCUUUUGAAACACGUAACCCUAAUAACCUCUGCAACUCUUUCCAUAACCUUUCUGCAGCCUUAACCCUUUCUAUAUCCAUACAAGAUGAUCGGUCAUCGAUACAAGAUGAUCGGUGCAUGCGUGCGUCAGGUGAGGCGCAGUGCUGCGAUUGCGUCGGGGAUGGCGUGCCGGUGGUCUCCGGCGACGAUAGGAGCACCACCCAGCGAACUCGCGCGACGCUGCACGCCUGCAGCAGGCGGCGAUCCAGCGAACCCCGAUGAUUCUCGCGCAAAUGCGCAUGGAGGAUGCAGGGCGAUUCCAUGGCGUCAGGUUGGGCGCAGUGCUGCGAUUACGUCGGUGGUGGCGCGCCGGUGGUCUCGGGCGACGAGAGGAGCACCACCCGGCGAACUCGCUCGACGCUGCACGGCUGCAGCAGGCGGAGACCCAGCGAACGCCGAUGAUGCUGGCGCAACAGUGCAUUGCGGCAGCAGGCCGAUUCCAUGGCAGAGGUAUCGAGUUUCUUCUCUCCAGACAUCCGUCCAGAGUAAAUUCUCAAGGUAUCAAGUUCCUUCCGUCAAAUCUACCCUACAUGCCCUAAAAUUCUCAAGGUCAUACUCUACUAUUGUUCCAUUCACAAAGGUUGAUGAGGGAUUUGCUGUAUUGAAUGUUUCGUACAUACCAUCAUUCAUGUAUCUUGCAAACUGGAACGAUCCGCUGUGGAAUCCAAAAAGUAAAUGGCCGAGUUCGAAUUCCGAAUUUACUACUCACAAUUUGUAUUGGUCCCGUUCUCGUAAGCCUCAUACGUGUUCAGUUGAUGUUGAGAGUAAUUAUAUGGAGUAUGUUGCUUUUAGAACUGACCUGAUCCGUUGGAAUCUUGAUUUGGAUGAGUUACGAAGCUUUUGGAUUGAUGGUAAUCUGGAGAAUGGUGAUCGGUCUAAUUUUCAGCAUUAUUACUGUCAAUUUUGUAAACACGGGAACGAGUUAACAUUUGAACCUGUUCAUUAUUUUGACAAUGUUAGGGGGAUGUUUCGUAGAAUUGAACCAUUUUUAAAUGAUAUUCCCCGUGACACAGUUCUCAGUAAGUCUGAACUUUCGACAUACCUCCCCUUUGAUAGCAAAGUUAAACUCAUGAGAGUUGAUUGCAGUCCUUUACUUUGGGUGAAAGAGAUCUCUGUAUAUCACACCCUUGAUGGGCAUUUGCUGUAUAAAAAAGGUGUCCGUUUUGGUGGAUAUGAUACCACCAGUAAAGAGUGGACCGAUUAUAUGGCAAGAACAGGCCACAAUUUAAGUGAACCUUUGAUAUUUCUUCCAAUAGCAUGUGUAUAUGGUCCUCGGAACUUUAAAGAGAGUGACGUUCUUCCAAUUGUAAAUUCUAAUGAGAGCCUACAAGAGAUUCACAAUGAGAGUGGAAACCUUCUUCCAGUUGUAAAUGCUUAUGAGACCCUCACGGAGAGUGAUAAAGAAUCUGUAAAGGGUGACAUCCUUCUUCCGAUUGUAAAUGAUGUUCCAAUUGUAAAUGCUGAUGAGACCCUCCCAAUUGUAAAUGCUGAUGAUACCCUCCCAGAAAGUGACAAAGAGGCUAGAAAGAAUGACAUCCUUAUUCCAGUUGUAAAUGCUGAGACCCUCCCAGAAAGUGACAAAGAAAGUGACAAAGAGACUGAAAAGAGUGAAGAUACAAAUUUGGCAUUAAGGAUAGAUCAACCUGCUUCUCUUACAGAGAACAACAAUAUUGAGGAAAACAGUGUUUUGAGAAGUGGAAAAGAGUUUCUUGUCGAGAUUGAAAAGCUCUUUACCAAAAGCGAUAAGUCAUACCCACUCCCUUUUAUAAGUAAAAGAUACCUUAGGGCCCAAGUCGAGCGCAUGAGCUCUUCACUAGCUAGCGCGUGGGGCUACCUCGAUUGUCAGAACUGUCAGAGCCAUACGGGCUGUCAGAGGUGGUUACAAAAUGUGGAUCAAUCAUUCAGAUGUCGAUUCUCUCGAUUCUCUGACUUUGGCCCGACUACACCAGUGGAUGCCGAUUUAGAUUUUACACGAUUAGACACGAAGCUUCCUACAAUUAUAGUACUUGCAAAGUUCGCGGUCGAUCAAUACAACAAGGAGAACAAGUCCAACUUAGUUUAUUCAACUUUGUUUGGGGCCAUUGCCUUCACGAAAGCACAAGGGACAAAGUAUGAACUAGUCAUUUUUGCUGCCAACAAUGGGGAUUUGCGCGAUUACAAUGCGGGUUUGUGGUUUGAUGGAAAUGAGAAGAGACUCAUUCUCUUCAAGGAAAACGAAUAA